AUGGAAGUGGCACCCAAAAUCGCUCCUUCGAUGCUCUCUUUUGACUUCGCGAAUUUGGCUUCCGAGGCCUAUCGCAUGCUUAACCUCGGUGCCGAUUGGCUCCACAUGGACAUCAUGGAUGGGCAUUUUGUCCCCAAUUUAACUAUUGGUGCUCCAGUUAUUGAAAGUCUGAGAAAGCACACAAUGGGAUAUUUGGAUUGUCACCUUAUGGUUACAAACCUUCUUGAUUAUGUUGAACCCUUGACAAAAGCUGGUGGUUCUGGUUUUACAUUUCAUGUAGAGACAUCAAAAAAUAACUGGAAAGAACUUAUCCAAAAAAUCAAGUCACAUGGCAUGAGGCCUGGUGUAGCAUUAAAGCCUGGGACCCCCAUUGGAGAUGUUUAUCCUUUGGUGGAAGCUGAAAAUCCUGUGGAAAUGGUUCUUGUGAUGACUGUAGAGCCUGGAUUUGGAGGAAAAACAUUUAUACCCGAGAUGAUGGAUAAAGUACGUAUACUUAGGAAGAAGUAUCCAUCACUUGACAUAGAGGUUGAUGGUGGUUUAGGGCCUUCAACCAUAGACAUGGCCGCAUCAGUUGGGGAAAAUUGCAUUGUUGCUGGAAGUUCAGUGUUUAGAGCCCCUUAGCCAGCUCAAGUAAUAUCCUUACUGAGGAAUUCCGUGG